AUGAAGUACGAAUCCGCCACCCUCAUUGUCGCCUUGAUUGGUCUUGCAUCUGCCGCACCUACUCCAGUUGCAAAGAACACCUUCACAACAUUCUCCAUUCCUCGUGCUAUGCGCAGAGGACUUCAAGCUCGUGAAGUUCCUCAAGAGCAAUCUCACAACAAGUUCCUCGCUGGUGUCCGUACCAGCUUGGCUCUCGAUAACCCAGCUGGCAUUACUGACCCAGUCUUUGGUCUUCUCGGAAAUGCCGCCGCUGCUGAAGGAGCAGGAACCAUCACAAACCUUGACUGUCUCCACCAAGCAACCGCUGAUCAAGCAUUCACAAAUGCCAAAGCUGCAAACGAUAUUCCUGGAAUGACGGAUGCACUUUUGUACGCCGCUUUGGAGAGAAACACUGGUAAAGUCGGUCUCAAGAGUGUUCUCUGCACCGACAAGGCCGUCAACCCAGAAAUCCAGGCCAUUCAGCAACAUCAAGAUCCUGCCUCCGAUGGUGCUGCCGCUACCAACAAGGCCAUCGUCCUUGAACUUGCUCAACAGAUUGCAGCAGUUGGUGGUGAUCCCCAGGACGCUCUUCUCUCCGGUACCUUUGCACCAGGAGAUUUGAACGACAACACUGGAGCAGGAAACACUUGCGAUACCGCUGAUGAUGCUGAGGGAUGUAUUUUCACUCAGAAUCUUUUGGUUGAAGAUGCAACUGCCGCUGAAAUCACAGCUGCUGUCGCUGGAACCGCCGCUCCCGCUGUAGGCGCUGACGCAGGAGCUGUUGCUGGAAAUGCUACCGCAGAUGCCUGUGUCUCUGCUGCUCCAGUGGUUUCUGCUGCGCCAGUCGCUACAAACACUGCCUCUGCUUCCGCUCCUGCUGCGACCCAGGCUGCUGGAAAUGCCUCCGCUGGUGAUGCUGCUACUGGUGACGCCGCCGUCGGAAACAACGUCCAAACAUUCACCGGUGCCCUCGGUGGAGCAGCCCCAGCCGUCAUCAACUCCGGUGGAGCUCGUCCCUUCUCCGUCAACGGCGCUACCUUCGUAAACUCAGGCGCUGCUCUCCAACGCUCAUGUGCCGUCCAGAACAACGCCUGUGCGAACGCCGUCAACUCCGGUGCUCUCAACGGAUCCGUCGGUGACUGCAACGCCCAAGAGAAGGCCUGCAACGCCGCUGCCGCUUAA